AUGUUAUUGCUUUGGCUGUCAAAACAAAUCAAACAAUUUGCAUUAUUUAAAUAAAUGAUGCCAGGAUAAAACAGACAGAGCGAGUUCGAGUCAUGCACAGGAUGAGCACUCAGGAAAUGUGGCAAAUCUGUGCGAUGAUUUCAUGAUGUGUCUACGCCUUUGGUCACGUACGCUUCUCUCUUCCUCCCCAUUCAACAAAAAAAAGCUUUGCAAAUGUUUCGACUUUGCGUUCGAGUUACUUUAACAGAGACGUUUUGUGGGGGAGUGAGUUGUGAAUGGGAGGCUGCUCAAAGUUAGUUUGGGAAAAACGUUUAAUAAUACUAAUUAAACAUUGGACAAUUAAUUGACAGCCAUUGUUAUGCGAUCAAUUGAACUCUAUAUAAUUUCACAGCUGACAGAUUGCCGUCAACAUCAUUUUGACUAUAAAAAGCGGCGUUUUAACUAGACAAAUCAACAGUUUGCAUUCACAAAUUAACAGAAGCAGCAGCUCACAGUAACUACUAACUACUAGUAACUAAAAAUAUUAACCAAACAUGCAACGCUUUGUGUUGAAUAUCGCUUUAAUCGCUCUGCUGGGAGCUGCCUUGGUCCGGGCCUUCGAUGAGAAGGCUGCUGCGGCCAAGUUCAUGGAGUUUGCCGAAACCUGCAAGGGCGAAGUUGGCGCCACGGAUGCCGAUAUCGAGGAGUCCGUCAAACGUCAGCCAGCCAGCACCUAUGAGGCGAAAUGCCUGCGUGCCUGUGUGAUGAAAAAGUUCAAGCUGAUGGAUGCCAACGGCAAGGUGGAUAAGGUUGCCGGACAGGAGAAGGCCAAGAAGUACACCGGCAACGAUCCUGCCAAGCUAAAGCUGGCCAUGGAGAUCGGUGACAUUUGUGCUGCACUCGAGGUGCCCGAUGAUCAUUGCGAGGCAGCUGAGGUCUAUGGCCAUUGCUUCAUGACGGAGGCACAGAAACGUGGACUUAUGUAAGGAAAAUAACGAACUCUUCUAAGGAAUAUCCCCCGACUAUCAGAUACACGAACCCAGGCAAAACUCUCGAAAAAGAAUUAACUAACUAAUUACUAGAUUAUUAUGUAUGUAUUAUUUUAACGGUUAUUUGUUGUCUAUGCAGUAAAAAUGGAGCAAAAAAAAUAUAAUUAUA